GAUCCCACUUCUCCUCUCUCCCACCUCUCCUUCUCUCUCCGCGACAUUUCGUCGAACACAGAGAGGCAUCAAUGUCGCUGCGGCCCGGUUCUCGCACAGAUGUGCGCAAGAAAUCAUACAAGACCGGCGUGGACGCCGAGGAGGCUCGCCGGAGAAGAGAGGACAAUCUGGUGGAGAUCAGGAAGAACAAGCGCGAGGACAAUCUCCUUAAGAAGAGGAGGGAGGGGCUUAUUCUUCAGUCCCAGCAGUUCUCUUCUGAUGCCUCUCAAACCACUGCCGUAGUUGAAAAAAGGUUGGAAAGUAUUACUUUGAUGGUUCAAGGAGUAUGGUCUGAUGAUCCUGCUUCACAACUGGAAGCAACCACUCAAUUCAGAAAGCUACUAUCUAUUGAGCGCAGCCCUCCAAUUGAUGAGGUGAUCAAAGCAGGUGUUGUUCCCCGAUUUGUGGAGUUCCUCGGAAGGCAUGAUUUGCCCCAGUUGCAAUUUGAGGCGGCAUGGGCAUUGACAAAUGUUGCUUCUGGGACAUCGGAACACACUCGAGUUGUCAUUGAACAUGGUGCUGUCCCCAUGUUUGUGCAACUUCUUAGCUCUGCCAGCGAUGACGUGCGAGAGCAGGCAGUGUGGGCUUUGGGUAACGUUGCUGGUGAUUCUCCAAGUUGUAGGGAUCUUGUUCUUGGUCAUGGUGCCCUUAUGCCAUUAUUAUCUCAGUUAAAUGAACACUCAAAACUAUCUAUGUUGAGGAAUGCUACAUGGACUUUAUCUAACUUCUGUCGUGGCAAGCCACCAACACCAUUUGAACAGGUGAAGCCUGCAUUACCAGUUCUUCGGCAACUCAUCCACUUAAAUGAUGAAGAAGUUCUAACAGAUGCUUGCUGGGCUCUAUCCUAUCUUUCUGAUGGCCCCAAUGAUAAAAUUCAGGCCGUGCUCGAAGCAGGUGUUUGUCCACGACUUGUCGAGCUUCUAUUGCAUCCAUCUCCAACAGUUCUUAUACCUGCUCUUCGAACAGUGGGAAACAUUGUUACGGGUGAUGAUGCUCAGACUCAGUUUGUAAUUGACAACCAAGUGCUCCCUUGUCUCUAUCAACUUCUUACGCAAAAUCACAAAAAAAGCAUCAAGAAAGAAGCCUGUUGGACAAUCUCAAAUAUCACUGCUGGGAACAAAGGUCAAAUACAGGCUGUUAUUGAGGCUAAUAUCAUCCUCCCUCUUGUAAACCUACUUCAACAUGCGGAGUUUGACAUAAAAAAGGAGGCUGCUUGGGGUAUCUCAAAUGCCACGUCUGGAGGCUCUCAUGAGCAGAUUCAGUUUUUAGUGAGCCAAGGUUGCAUAAAGCCCCUGUGCGAUCUUCUAAUGUGUCCAGACCCAAGGAUUGUGACAGUAUGCCUCGAGGGCCUUGAGAACAUUCUGAAGGUGGGUGAGGCUGACAAAGAAUCAGGAAAGAAUGGUGGAAUCAAUCUUUACGCACAAAUGAUUGAUGAAUGUGAUGGCUUGGAUAAGAUUGAGCUGCUGCAGACCCACGACAACAAUGAGAUAUAUGAGAAGUCUGUAAAGCUUUUGGAGAGAUACUGGGCAGAGGAAGACGAGGAAGUCCAGAAUGUCCAGGAUGGGGAUGGAAAUCAACAGGGAUUCGGUUUUGGAAGUAGCCAGCCCAACCUUCCUCCAGGUGGCUUUAAAUUUGGUUGAAGCCGGGUUUCUGAGUCUCAAUUUUCUAGUCUUUGUAGGCUUCUUCUUCUUCUUCACUUUUCUGGUUGAAAUGAAAAGAAUUUGUAGACGUGCUUCAGAUUUUCCUCAUUGCCAAGGGUCAGGGUUUUUGGUCUGGCACAUAGGCUUAAUUUGUCUACGAAUUUAUUAGAAGCAAAAAGGUUUUCAACUUGUGGUUUUUAUCUUUAUAUGUACUUCUAUAUUUUCAUGAUAAAAAGAAAUUGUUCUUGUGAUUGGCUUUUA